GGGCGGGCUGGCAGCGAGAGUGGGUGCGAGAGCCGCCUCCGCCUCUGCCGCCUCCGCCGUCGCCUCCUCCGCCCGGGCCGUUCGCUGCUGCGCGGGGAGAGCGAGGCGGGGCCGCCGGGGCCGCCAUGGAGCCCGACUCGGUGAUUGAGGACAAGACCAUCGAGCUCAUGUGUUCUGUGCCAAGGUCUUUGUGGCUAGGCUGCGCCAACCUGGUAGAGAGCAUGUGCGCACUGAGUUGCCUGCAGAGCAUGCCCAGUGUCAGAUGUCUCCAGAACACUUCAGUUAUGGAGGAUCAAAAUGAAGAUGAGUCCCCAAAGAAAAGUACUCUUUGGCAGAUAAGUAAUGGAACAUCAUCAGUGAUCGUCUCCAGAAAGAGGCCAUCAGAAGGAAACUAUCAAAAAGAAAAAGACUUGUGUAUUAAAUAUUUUGACCAGUGGUCUGAAUCAGAUCAAGUGGAGUUUGUGGAACACCUUAUUUCACGAAUGUGUCAUUACCAGCAUGGACAUAUUAACUCUUACCUGAAGCCCAUGUUGCAGCGAGACUUUAUUACCGCUUUACCAGAGCAAGGCUUAGAUCACAUAGCAGAAAACAUUCUUUCCUACCUGGACGCCAGGUCUCUGUGUGCAGCAGAGCUGGUGUGUAAAGAAUGGCAGCGAGUGAUCUCUGAAGGAAUGCUUUGGAAGAAGCUGAUUGAACGAAUGGUGCGCACUGAUCCUCUGUGGAAGGGACUUUCAGAAAGAAGAGGGUGGGAUCAGUACCUGUUUAAAAACAGACCAACAGAUGGCCCUCCCAAUUCAUUUUAUAGGUCAUUAUACCCAAAGAUUAUCCAGGAUAUAGAGACCAUAGAGUCCAACUGGCGGUGCGGGAGGCACAACCUGCAGCGGAUCCAGUGCCGCUCGGAGAACAGCAAGGGCGUCUACUGCCUGCAGUACGACGACGAGAAGAUCAUCAGCGGCCUGCGGGACAACUCCAUCAAGAUUUGGGAUAAAACCAGCUUGGAAUGUUUGAAAGUGUUAACGGGCCACACUGGCUCUGUCCUUUGUCUCCAGUAUGAUGAACGUGUCAUUGUGACUGGCUCUUCAGACUCCACAGUGAGAGUCUGGGAUGUGAACACAGGUGAAGUUCUGAACACGCUGAUCCACCACAACGAGGCUGUGCUCCACCUGCGCUUCAGCAACGGGCUGAUGGUGACCUGCUCCAAGGACCGCUCCAUCGCCGUGUGGGACAUGGCCUCUGCCACCGACAUCACUCUGCGCCGCGUCCUCGUCGGCCACCGGGCCGCGGUCAACGUGGUGGACUUUGACGAUAAGUACAUAGUGUCUGCCUCUGGUGACAGGACCAUCAAAGUCUGGAGCACGAGCACCUGUGAAUUUGUCCGCACUCUGAAUGGGCACAAGCGAGGCAUCGCCUGCCUGCAGUACAGGGACCGGCUGGUUGUCAGCGGGUCGUCAGACAACACCAUACGGCUGUGGGAUAUUGAAUGUGGCGCCUGUUUAAGAGUCCUCGAGGGACAUGAAGAAUUGGUCCGAUGCAUCCGGUUUGAUAACAAGAGGAUUGUCAGUGGGGCCUAUGAUGGGAAAAUCAAAGUUUGGGACUUGCAAGCUGCUCUCGACCCCCGAGCCCCAGCAAGCACGUUGUGUCUGCGCACACUGGUGGAACAUUCUGGACGAGUGUUUCGGCUACAGUUUGAUGAAUUUCAGAUCAUCAGCAGCUCGCACGAUGACACGAUUUUGAUUUGGGAUUUCUUAAAUGUGCCUCCCAGUGCCCAGAAUGAGACCCGUUCUCCCUCCAGAACAUACACUUACAUCUCCAGAUAACAGUCUGCACUUUACCCAUUUCAGGUUAUCCGUUAAUAGAGGAUGAGAGGCCUUCCUUGGCUGUGUUCUUGGAACUGAUGAUCAUGUUCAUCUGGUGCAGUAAUCCCAGCUGAGAAUUCUGCAAGGAGGCCUGUGCAUUCUGUGCACACUAAACUUUGUAGAUUGAAGAAAUACUGUUGUGCAUAUUGUACUACCACAUAUGUAAAAACUGUUAAUAAAAUUCAUAUUUAUGUACAUUACUUAGUGCUUAGUAGCUUUUCAUCAUUGUAUAUUUUCCUAUUAAUUGAAUAUUAGAAAUGUAAAGAAAGUCCAUGUGUAGAAUUGUGACAUUUGUUGGUGAAAAGAUACGGAAUCACUGGUUUAUAGAUCACUAAGUUGACCUCUUUUCAAAUGCUCCUUAUUUCUGCUCCAGGAAGUUUAACUUAUUCAAGGGUCAACAAACUACAGCAGGCCAGAUUUGACCCUCUGCCCAAUCUUCUCUAUCCUUACCACAGCAGUUUAAGAAUAGUGUUUUGAAACAGUAUUAUUUUAAGACAUGUGAAAAUUAUAUAAAAUUCAAAUUCCAGUGCCCAUAAAUAGUUUUAUUGGAAACAGUCAUGUCUGUGUCUGUGCAUCUAGCUCUUACCUUCUGUCCGCUAUACGCUCUCCCACCCCAGCCACUGCUGUUGUCUAUGGAGUUUUUCGUGCUUCAGCGGCAGAGUUGAGUAGUAGUUGCAGCAGAGACCAUGUGGCUGACAGCGUCUAAAAUCUGUACACACUCUGACCCUUUAAGAAAAGUGUGCUGACCUCUGGUCUUGCCCCGUUCCAUCUAUUAGUGAUAGGCCGAGGGUCUGCAUCAGGAAUGGCCAGUGUUUUUCUUCAUGCCAGCUCAGUUUGAGCAGCGGUGCCUGGCUGGAGUACUGCCGGUCAGUGGGAAGGAUGACGGGACCCCGUGUGGGCCCAGGAGGACUCAGCGCCACCACGGGUUGGCCGCGCCUCCUUGUUUCUAGGAGCUGAGCCACAGUAGUGACCCUUCAGUCCCAUACAUCAUUGCUGUUCCUGGUCUCAUGUGUGUUCAUCCUGUCUCUUGUGAUGAUGGCCGCCUCCCUCGCUGCUUUCUGUCUGGGUAGAUUCUUUACAAGUCAGUUGAGAAAUUCACAUGCCACACUUUUUACGUUUAUUAAAUUAUAGGAAAUUACUGAGGAAGAAGGCAAGGAUCUCUUGAAUGCUUGCUCAUCCCUGCCUCAGCCUUCCUUCCCCCAAAGUCAAAGAAAUACAUGAGGAAGGAGGAAUGGACCCAAAUGAAAACUGGUUUCCUCCUUCCUUCCUGGGCUUUUCUUCUCCCUCUUCAGCCCACCCUUGAUCCUGCUACCAACUGUGGUUGUCUUGGCCCUGCCCCUGCCCUUCACUAGCUCACUGUUGUCUCCAGGAGCAAGGCUUAGCUAGGACUAGCUACCAGGACUUUGACCCUCUAGCUCUCACCGUCUGUCCUCUCUACCCUCCUCCACCCCAGCCUCUCAUUCUUCCCUCCCCAAAACCCAGUGCUCCAACCAGAUUGAAUUCUGUUUGUUUCCCUCUUUAUUCCUCAGACCUCUGGCCCCUUGCUCCCCUUGCUCGCGUUGUCAGGGCUUUGUAGAGACCAGCACCCCCCUUCUCCCUUUUCCUGAUCUGACCUGGUUUAUUCUUUGGUGUUGAAAUGGUGUGCAGGCCUGUCUCAAACGAGACUGUGGCGCUCCUUUUGUUCUGAAGCCCCAGGGUCUAACAGAGCGCACCGUGAGCGUGAGCGCAAGUGACUCCUGGGGCCAGCAUGCCAUCUCUGUGCUCGCUCUCCUCAGCCAACCAGAAUCUGACCAUAAAUAAGUAAGUGUGCCUAACAAACUGCAGUGUAUUCAUACAGGGACCUUCCGCAAACACAAAGAAAAUAACUCAGAAGACACUGGAAUAAAUUGUCCAAAGUAGCAUAGUCAAAGUACUAGAUAUAUUCUUUAUAUACAUGGGUACCUAGGUGUACACAUCCCCCUCUGCCCUUUCCCUUUCCCUUUGCUAAGCUCCAUUUUUGUUUUUGAAUCAAUUUUAUUGAGGUGUGGUUUUUAUAAAACAGAUUGUACCCACUUAAAGUAUACUGUGUGACAAAUUUACACACCCCUGCAGCUUCCUCCACAAUCCAGACAAGAACAUUUCUACCACCCCCAGAAGUUCCCUUGUGUCCUCCAGUCAGAACGUGAUCCCACUGUAGCCUUAGCAAACACUGACCUUUCUUUCACUAGAUUCAUUUCGGUUUUCUACAGUUGCACCGUCCACUUUGGUAGUCAUGAGCCAUAUGUAGCUAUUAAGCUUGUGAAAUGUGUCCAGUUUGAUUUAGGAACUGAGUUUUUAAUUACAUUUAAAAAAUUGAAUUGAAUUGGAUUUUUAAUUAUAUUUAAUUAUACUUCAUUUUAAACUUAAAACAGCUAUACAUGUAGCUCGUGACUUCCGUGUUUGGACCAGCAUCAUUGUAAGAGCUUAUUAGCCUUUACAUUUAGGUCUUUGAUCUAUUUAGAGUUAAUUUUUGUAUAUAGUGUGAGGUGAGAAUAUCAUUGUUCUUGUUUUGUUUACAGCCAUCCCAACUCUAUUGGAUUAAGAGACUAUCCUCUUCCCAUUGAAUUGCUUUAGUACUCUGCCAAAAAAUCAAUUCCCCACUUGUUUGUAGUUGUUUUUCUGGCCUCUAUUCUGUUCUAUGAUCUAUGGCUAUCCUUUUGCCAAUACCACACUGUAUAAUAAGUCAACUUUAAAAACAUUGUUUUGAUUCUUUUAGGUCCUUUUGGUUUUCAUACUCAUUUUUGAAUGAAAUAGUCAAAUUCUAUGAAGAUUAUGGGAUUAUGAUUAGAACCGUGUUGAGUCUAAAGAUCAUUUGGGGAGAACUUCCAUCUUUAAAAAAAUGUUGAGUCUUCUAAUCCGUAAACCCGGUUUAUCUCUUGAUGAUUUAAAUCUUCUUCGGUUUCUCUUAAGCAGUGUCUUGGCAGUUUUUAGUGUCGAGGUGUUUCACAUCUUUUGUUAAGUUGAUUCCAUUUUGAACUUCCAUUCUAAGCUAUCCAUUUCUCUCUCUGCAUUGCUUUUGUUGUAUCCCAAUGCCUCUGCUUUUAUUUUUCCUAUAUUGGAGAUACGCGUAAAACAGAACAUGGACAACUCCAACUGUGACCGACCUGAAAUGGAUGGGAUCAGAGGAGUAGGUGUAUCAUACAGCAACUUAAAUGUAUCUCUUUGGUAGUUUUGAAAUGUGCCACUCUACUAGAGAAGCACAUGAUAAAACCUAAGACGUCUAUAGUGUGUUUUCAACCCCCUCUGGCGUAUUUGAUAGAUGAAUUAUAGAACAAUAGUAAACUUUCACAAAUUGGACAACUUUUAUAGACUUUGUGAAACUGCCCUGAAACAUGGUUCCUUUGAUUGAGAGAUGAAAUAAUGAUCACCAGGGCUAUCUCUCUCAUUGGCUCUGGUGGAAAGAAAACUGGUGUUACUUCUUCCAGUCCCUGCUCUCACUCACCCCCUUUUUGGGAGCCUAAGAACAACUGCGUUGUUGUGAUCCACAGUUACAAAUCAGUGGAAAAAUCUUAUCUGCUUUUUAAGCAGCAUAAGCAUUGAAACCUCAAAUGUGUUUGUCUCUUCAAAGUGAACUACUUUUGACAACUUUGGCAGUCAACUUUAUAAAUUUUAUUGCUCUUUUCCAAGUUCUUUUCAUUUAUUGUAACAAGAAAAAAUUAUUACCAUGUGAUACUGUAUGAUUUAUGCAUAAUAAGAAGCACUACCAUAAUGAUGGUUUAACCUUGCAGUAAGAUAUUUACCCCUAAAAUUUAAGGUAAGAGUAUUUCUCUGUCAGUAAAUUAAGCAGUAGGUUUAUUUGCUGAGUCAUUUUUAAAAAAUUACUGACUUCUAAGAGCUAUAUGUAUACAGUAGCUCUCUUUUUUAUUAGAAGACAAUAUGAGAUCAUUAUUUGAAAAUUAGUAAAAGUUGAUAAGUCAAAAGAAGAGAAUAAAUUCCUUGGUUUGCUAUUAUUAACUCCUUUGUAUGUAGCCUUUUCAGGCAUUUAAAAAUUGUGGUUGAUAACUGUGCUUCUCCCCCCUCCCCGCCCCCUUAUUGUGAAAUUAUUGCCUGUUAGCAAGGUCACUGUUUAUCUAAAUUAUUGUUCCUAAUGGCAAAAUAAAAUAAGAUUGUUUGGAUAUGGCCCUAUUGUUAUAUUUAUAUUUUCCUCCCAGCUUUUAGCUAUUAUAAAACACAUUGCCAUGAUUCUUUUUUUUUUUUUAAGUUGGAGGCUAAUUACUUCACAACAUUUCAGUGGGUUUUGUCAUACAUUGAUAUGAAUCAGCCAUGGAUUUACACGUAUUCCCCAUCCCGAUCCCCGCUCCCACCUCCCUCUCCACCUGAUUCCUCUGGGUCUUCCCAGUGCACCAGGCCGGAGCACUUGUCUCAUGCAUCCCACCUGGGCUGGUGAUCUGUUUUACCAUAGAUAGUAUACAUGCUGUUCUUGUGAAAUAUCCCACCCUCACAUUCUCCCACAGAGUUCAAAAGUCUGUUCUGUAUUUCUGUGUCUCUUUUUCUGUUUUGCAUAUAGGGUUAUCGUUACCAUCUUUCUAAAUUCCAUAUAUAUGUGUUAGUAUGCUGUAAUGUUCUUUAUCUUUCUGGCUUACUUCACUCUGUAUAAGGGGCUCCAGUUUCAUCCAUCUCAUUAGGACUGGUUCAAAUGAAUUCUUUUUAGUGGCUGAGUAAUAUUCCAUGGUGUAUAUGUACCACAGCUUCCUUAUCCAUUCAUCUGCUGAUGGGCAUCUAGGUUGCUUCCAUGUCCUGGCUAUUAUAAACAGUGCUGCGAUGAACAUUGGGGUGCACGUGUCUCUUUCAGAUCUGGUUUCCUCAGUGAAAACACAUUGCCAUGAUUCUUUCAGCUUAGUCUGUGCCCAACCCUUUAUUACCUUUGGAUAGAAUUUUAGAAAUGUCUGCAGUGUCUGGGUUGAAAGGUAUGAUAUUUAAGACUUUUGAUACUUAGAGUUACCCUGCAGAAGAGUUACAUCUGUUGAAAUUCCCACUAGUAGCAUUUGAGAGUACUGACUUCUAAUCUCUGAGUGUUAAUAUUUUUUAAAUAAUUCAAGUACUCUUCAUAUCCUUCAUGGGAAAAUAGUGGCAGAUGAAGUUGAAUCUGUCUUGAAUUCAUUGAGAAACUUGUUAGGAUUCUUGGUCUUAGUGAAAAUUACCAACCUUUUAGGAAAAUUGCCUCUAAAUAGUAUAUAAGCUUUAAAAACAAGUCAAAAACUUUAAAAAACAAUCCCCCACCCCUUUCUCUUUCUUUCUGUCUUUUUUACGCCAUAGAGUUUUAGACCUAAAGGUGACUUAGAUCUUCCAGGCCAAUGGUUUCAUGCAGUGUUUGGAAAGGAUUGUAACUUAUUAGUGGUUGUGAAAUCAUUUCAAUGGAUUUUGACUUUGGGUGAAAUGUAGGAAUAUAAAGUGUCAACCUGCAUUGUUCAUAGUAAUGAUAAAUAUUGUUUCAUGAAUGUUCUGCCUAGGAGUGUGUGUGUGUGUUUAUAUACAUGGGUGAAUGUAGAGAUUUUGAUUAAGACAUGUUCCACACUCAAGGUCACGCGUGCUAAGUUGGCUUCAGUCGUGUCCAACUCUUUGCGACCCCUUGGACUGUAGCCUGCCAGGCUGCUCCGUCCAUGGGAUUCUCCAGGCAAGAAUACUGGAGUGGGUUGCCAUUUCCUCCUCCAGGGAAUCCUCCCAGCUCAGGGGUUGAACCCAUGUCUCAUACAUCUCCUGCAUUGGCAAGCAGGUUCUUUAUCACUAGCGCCACCUGGGUAGCUCACUCACGUUCAUGGUCAAAAACAAUAUAGAACAUUCAGUUGUCUCCCCCUCUGCAUUGUGUUUUCCUUUUAUAAAUGAUUUAUUUCAAAAAGAAGUAAUUCCUGACUAUUAGCAUUCUAUUUAAAAUGAAUACUUCAGUUACUUCCUUGGUGAUCCAGUGGUUAAGACUCCACACUGCCAAUGCAGGGGGCCUGGGUUCAAUCCCGGGUUGGGGAACUAGAUCCUGCAUGCUGCAGCUGAGAUCCCAACACAGCCAAUUUUUUUUUAAGAAGGAAUACUUUAUUUACUAGCUUUUACAUAUUUUUUGUUUUACAGUGACAGAUAAAAGCUCUUGGUCUGUCAUAAGAGAGGUGGCAUAAAUUUAAGAUGAUGCUAAUUACAAAAUGUCACUUUAAGCAUAUAUUACAUGCAUGACUUUUAGUAGUAGUGUGAAAGACGAUAGGGUAUAGGGCCAGUCGUCUCUUUGAAUCCCCUCUGUCACUUAAGCUACUGCUUUUUUCCCCGUGAAGUCUCAUUUGCAGUGUUGUGUUAAUUUGUGCUGUGCAGCAAAGUGACUGAGUUAUGCACAUAAAUAUGUUCUUUUUAUAUAUUCUUUUCCAUCAUGGUUUAUCCCAGGAUUUAAGGGCUAAUGCUUUAAACUAAAUAAUGUUUCUGAGCCUCAGUUCUCUCACUUGUUAAGCGAGUAUAAGAGUUGCUCCCUCAGAAGUUUGUCGUGAGGUUUAAGUAAAUGUGGUCCCUGGGACGCAGUACGCUCGCAGCAGUCUGCAGCUUCUGUUCUGAUGCUGAUUAUUUGACUGUCAGUGUUAAGGUGUGCACAGCAGUGCGUGUGUCAUUGUGGAGAUGAAUGGGCUGUGAUACAUAUCUCCACAUCCAACCAGAAUAUCCAUCCAUGCUCCCUUGGUUUUGUUUGUUUCUGUUUU